ACAGUUUAAUCACUGAAAUAAAAUACUUCCCGUUUGGUUUGUAGCUUUUCUGUCGUUCUGGAGGACUGGCGGCCAUAGAGCGCGCGGUCCGGAGGACUGAGGGGCACUUCCGGUAAGCUGGAGGACUGGCGGCCAUAGAGCGCGCGGUCCGGAGGACUGAGGGGCACUUCCGGUAAGCUGGAGGACUGGCGGCCAUAGAGCGCGCGGUCCGGAGGACUGAGGGGCACUUCCGGUAAGCUGGAGGACUGGCGGCCAUAGAGCGCGCGGUCCGGAGGACUGAGGGGCACUUCCGGUAAGCUGGAGGACUGGCGGCCAUAGAGCGCGCGGUCCGGAGGACUGAGGGGCACUUCCGCGAGGGAGCGGCGCGCGCCUGGGGAGGAUUCCGGUCCCUGCAGCUGCCGGGAGGAGCGGUCGCGGCCCCGCCAUCGCCGUGCCCCGCCGGGGGUUGGAGGUCCGAAGGUAUCGCUGGCGUAAAGCGCUCCCAGUUCCCCUCCCCUCCGGGAAUCGUCCGGCUGGUGAUGAUGAUGGUGCUGUUGGGCGUCAUUAAUGCAGAAAUUGAACGCCGCUGUCGUUAAGCGGGAGGCGUUAGUGAUGUCCAGUCAGUGUUCUGAAUGUUUAUGAAAUUAAAUUUAGCUGUGUACUCCCCAAAUUUCAUUUGCCCUGUUUUUACUUUACUGUUUAGCUCCACUAGGAAGUAAUUAACACCCCUGGUUUGGGGGGGGAGGGGGGGUCCCAAAUGGUUGUGUUUAAAUUUGGGUGGUCAUGAAUGCUCUGUUAUUUUUCUAAUUUUAUUUUAAAUCUAAAUCUCUUAAAGUUAUUAGCUCUGGCUGAGAAUCGUUCCCGCCCAUGAAUUUCCUUAAUACCCAUGUUUAAACUCAGCCGUUAUCUAAUGACUCAUUUUUACUUCUCUUCACUUAAAAGCUUAAAGCUUCGGUUGCUGUUCGGGUUCGAAGCAGGAGUCGUCAUCGCCUCUGAACUCACUCACCCUUGUGUUAUCAUUUAAGUAUUAAACACUCCCAAUCAGCUUUCCAAUCUGUUUUCAUUUUAAAUUCUAAAACUUGCUUAUAUUGUUUCCGGUGGGAGUUAUUAACACCUGCAAAUUAUUAAAUAACAGCUAUAUCUAUAUUUAGCUAUUAAUGACUCUCAACUAUUUUUCUAUCUUGAUCACUUGAAAAAGGAUUGAUUUUUUUUUUUUUUUUUUUAAUUACAAUACAGAUUAGGAAUAAUUGCUGCCUGGUUUGUUAAGUAAUAGCUACGAUUAAAUUUAGUCGUGACUCAUCCCUAAAUAAUAUUUCCUGUGUUUAUUUGCACUCUGACAUUUUGAUUGUCACUUUGCUACAAAGUGAGAUUAACUAGCACCUGUGGUUUAUUUUUUUAAUACUAACCAGAGUUAUUUCUCUGCAGAUAUUAAUCCCCAUUAGUGCUCGGUUAUUUAUAUUUUGCUGCUUGUGAUUUCAUAAUAUUAAUUGGGAGUAAUUACUGUCUGUAAAGUUCUGCAUAAUAGCUAGAGUCCAGGCAUUAUUUACUCAUAGAGACCGUUCUAGUUACUGUUAUCUUAAGUUUUUAUUCUAGAUGUUUUAAAGCAAGUAAUAAGUAGUAAAAAAUAAAAUAACAGAAACCAGGGACGCUGAAAAUCCCAGGAAAAACAACAGCAGCAUCUUGGUGGGACCAGAGGUCGAACAAGCGCUUUGGUCCAGCUCGCUUGCUCCAGGAUUUCGCACAUCGGCUCCGCCAGCCCUUUCUUCUGGGAACCCCAAAUCCCUGGGGGAACGAACGUGUGUGCAGUAGAUACACCACAGCAUCGGCCCGCUGGCUGUGCCGCACCCAACCAUCGCUGCUGCUCUGACAGGAGCCCAAGCGCCCGCCGCCCCCACGGCCAACGGUGCCUCGGACAAAACCCGCAACCACACCGAGACUGCAGGGAGGCAGCGGAGACGGCGGCAAGGACAGGCCCAUCGCAGCAGGUACGAUGCAUAAUGCUGAAAUACCAUGCCAGGCAACAGGCACACAGCACACAGACGCACGGCCAUCCUUAGCGUCUUCAUGACUCCAUCCUGACAUUGUGGUGCACCCUCACCUUCCACACCUGCACGCAAGAACAGCUACCCGCCCAUCAGGUGACACCAGGAACCGCAGAGCCCCUUGAGUGAGUUUAGAUGUGCAAACCAGUUACGCUUCACAGCCUGACCCUCCUCUGUGCUGGGCGUCUGCCUCACCUCACUGACCCCUCUGCAGCCAGACCCACAGCCAUCUCCCCGCGGUCCAUCACUGUGUUCCAUAUGGCAGAGCGGCCGGGACCGGGGGAGAAAACAAAAAAACAGCAGGAGGAAACAAAAAAAGCCCCCCAGGAUGAGGAUGUGCAGCAGCGCGCCUCCUGCUCUGGCUUGGCUUUGCAGCACGCCGAGCACCAAACCAAGGAACGGUGGCUGCUGGAGACACUGCCACCCGCUCCUUCGCUGCAGCUUUGUACAUCACACCCACAGCCUGACCAGGGGACAGAGAGCUCCCGGCCCUGCAUGGACCCAGGCACCCACGGCCCCAAGGCAGGAGCGAGCCAGGGAGACGCUAGGGCAGCAGGUGAUGGGCAGGAGGAGCGCCUGGAGAGGGGGGCCGUGUUGCUGAGCAGAGUGGGAGGGACUGAGUCCUCCGGGCAGGAGACGGAGCAGGAGCGUGGCGGCGGUGCUGGGGCAGCACAGUCGCGCCCCAACACCUGCGAGGCGUGCGGGAAGAGCUUCAGCCUGCGCUCCAACCUGCUGACCCACCGACGCAGCCACCUGGGCGAGCGGCCCUACGCCUGCCCCGAGUGCGGGCGCUGCUUCGGACGGAGCUCGGACCUCGUCAUCCACCAGCGCAUCCACACCGGCGAGCGGCCCUACAAGUGCCCCCAGUGCGGGAAGAGCUUCAAGAGCAGCUCCAACCUCAACACGCAUCAGCGGACCCACCUGGGGGAGCGGCCCUACAAGUGCAGCGACUGCGGCAAGAGCUUCAGCUACAGCUCGGCCUUCCUCAAGCACCAGCGCACCCACACCGGGGAGAAGCCCUACCAGUGCCCCCACUGCGGGAAAAGCUUCUUCGAGAGCUCGGCCCUGAUCCGCCACCAGCGCAUCCACACCGGCGAGACCCCCUACCAGUGCCCCCACUGCGGGAAGAGCUUCAAGCAGAGCUCGUCCCUCAUCACCCACCAGCGCACCCACACUCGGGAGACCCCCUACCAGUGCCCCCACUGCGACAAGAGCUUCAAGCAGAGCUCGUGUCUCAUCACCCACCAGCGCACCCACACCGGGGAGAAGCCCUACCAGUGCCCCCACUGCGACAAGAGCUUCAAGCAGAGCUCGUCCCUCAUCCCCCACCAGCGCACCCACACUCGGGAGACCCCCUACCAGUGCCCCCACUGCGACAAGAGCUUCAAGCAGAGCUCGUCCCUCAUCCCCCACCAGCGCACCCACACUCGGGAGACCCCCUACCAGUGCCCCCACUGCGACAAGAGCUUCAAGCAGAGCUCGUCCCUCAUCCCCCACCAGCGCACCCACACUCGGGAGACCCCCUACCACUGCCCCCACUGCGGCAAGAGCUUCAAGCAAGGCUCGGACCUCGUCCGCCACCAGCGCAUCCACACUGGGGAGAAGCCCUACCAGUGCCCCCACUGCGGGAAAAGCUUCAGGCAGACCUCGUCCCUCAGCGUCCACCUCCGCACCCACACCAGGGAAAAGUCCUACAGGUGCAGCGACUGUGGCAAGAGUUUCGGCGAGACCUCAGCCCUCAUCAGGCACCAGCGCAUCCACCUGGCAUAGGCGCCCGCCGCUGCUCCUUCUCCGGGCGUGCGGCCCCGCUGCAUUCCAGGGGCCGAGCUGGACGGAGCCGGGGGCAGCUUGGGGGGAGCCGGGGGCGGC